AUGUCUCAGUCUCAGGAUAAAUAUUGUGGGUGUCUUAAUGGUGGCUGGUGUCAGGACGAGGGACAGUGUGACUGUGCACAGUUCCAGGCUCUGGGAGACCGCUGCCAGAUCAUUCCCAAUCUCGGGCAGGACCGGGAUGGGAUUUGUCGCUCAUGGGGUCAACACCACUUUGAGACAUUCGAUGGGAUGUACUACUACUUCCCUGGAACAUGUUCAUAUAUCUUGGCCAAAGACUGUCACUCACCAGAGCCCCAGUAUACUGUGUGGGUUCACAACAGUCGUUCCUGUCAUGGCUCGGUGUACUCUUGUACUCGUUCUCUCAGUCUUUUCAUUCCUAACGAGGAGGAGAUCCACAUUAUAGGCUACCGGGUACUGAAGGGGGAACAGAGAUUGACUUUGCCUCAGACGGUUCACAAUGUCUUUAUCGAGCGACUCGCUGACUACAUCCUGGUGAAGAGCACGUUUGGCUUUUCUCUGGCAUGGGAUGGAAGCUCUGGCGUCUACCUCAAAAUGACAGAGGAGCACAAAGGCCGGCCUUGUGGCCUGUGCGGAAACUACAAUGAUGACGGAUCAGAUGAUCUCAGCAGCAGUCACGGUAUAAAAACGGAUGAUGUUGCUGAGUUUGGGAACAGCUGGAUGGUGGAUCUUCCUCAUGAGCCACCUUGUCCUGCUAUAGAUGACGACUUUCCUGGACCAUGCUCAUACGAGUCCGAAAUGGAUGAUGCCAUCGAGAAGUGCAGUGCUUUGCUUUUCUUUCCUUUCAUCUCCUGCCAUGAGCAUAUAGAUCCCAAUCCUUUUGUUGCCAGCUGUGUUUCAGAUCUAUGUGUCUCACAUGAGGAAGAAACAUUUUGCCGGACGCUUGUCGAAUACACCAGGGCCUGCUCCCAUGUGGGUUAUCCAGUCCGAGAAUGGAGAGACAGCUUCCCUACGUGCGCGGAUGGAUGUGAAGAUAGCUUUGUCCAUAGAGACUGUAUCAGUUGCUGCCCCCCCACCUGCACUUUUGAAAAAGAGUGUCUAGGCACCAACCUGCACUGUCUGGAUGGGUGCUACUGCCCCGAUGGGUUGAUUCUACAGAAUGGAACGUGUAUAGCGGUGUCUCAGUGUCCAUGUGUAUAUCAUGGCACAGCUUAUCCUUUGGGUCAUGUUUUGGAGCAGGGCUGUAGUGUCUGUGUCUGCUUAGGAGGAGUAUGGAACUGCACUGAAAGCAAUUGCACUUCGGAGUGUACGGUGAUGGGUGACACUUAUGUGACCACGUUCGAUGGCCGCAUUUACAUGCACACGGGCAAAUGCCAGUACGUACUGGUGAAGAGCCGUGGCAACACCAAGUUUACUGUCACUGUGCAAUAUGCAGCAUGUGGAGAGUCUCAGGAAGAUUCCUGCAGUCACUCAGUGACUCUGGUGGUGGAUGAAGAUGUCAGCAGGCAGGUCACCCUCAAUAGAGAAGGAGAGGUCAUUAUUGGGGCCAGCAUGGCUGUCAGUCUACCUUACUCAAAUGACGUAGUGUCUGUGCGCAGGCUAACGUCUGCGUUUGUGGGCCUGCGAGCUUCCUUUGGACUGAAGCUGCAUUAUGACUGGCAGGGUGGGCGAAUCUAUGUGCAGCUGGAAAGCACAUGGACAGGUGGCACUCUGGGACUCUGUGGAACACUUAAUGGCAACCUGCGAGAUGACUUCCUCUCUCCAGCUGGUAUGAUAGAAGGAACACCACAGCUGCAUGCCAAUGCAUGGAAAGUGUCUUCAGCAUGUAUCAGCCCUGUUAACAUCCCCAUCAUCGACUCCUGUGAGACGAACCAACAAAAUAUGUUCUAUGCGUCAUUGUGUGAUGUUCUGACUGGAGACGUGUUUGCUGCAUGCCACUCGUACGUGAGUCCCGGUGUGUACCACCAGCAGUGCCGCUAUCAAGCCUGUCGCUGCGGCAGUAGAUGUCUGUGCACUGCUCUUGCCCAUUACGCCUACAUCUGUUCCAAACACGGCAUCUCCAUAUACUUCAGAGCACACGUCUCCGAAUGUGGCAUGAUCUGCUUAGGAGGAAUGAUGUACCACUCUUGCACAACGAGUUGUGGGAGAACAUGCCAGUCAGUGAGUAGUGAUGAAGAGUGUGAUGAAGACUGUGCUGAAGGGUGUGGCUGCAUGGAUGAGAUGUACUAUGAUCAUGCACUUCUCAGUGCCAUUGUUACUUCAUGGGUUCAGUCUUUCAGCCAGGAGAAGUUUCCUUUAGCUCCUCUGGGCCAUGAGCCUGAGACAGAUGAUUGUCCAAAUGGAAAAGUGUACUAUAACUGCAGGGGCCCGCAGGGUGCAGGGCCGUCUGGUGUGGGCGUGGCUUGUGAAGUCACCUGUAGGAACCUAAUGCUGAACCUUACCUGUCCCCCUUUGACCCCCUGUGUGUCUGGGUGCGGAUGUCCAGCAGGGUUAGUUGGUCAUAAUGGAGAGUGUUAUUAUCCAGAAAACUGCCCAUGUGUCUGGCUUGGUCUAGAGUAUCUUCCAGGACAGACAGUGGACACUCCCUGUUACCGCUGUGCGUGUCAUCGUGGGUUCUUUAAUUGCACAUACUUUCCCUGUCCGGCCGUGUGCACCGUGUAUAGCGAUCGUCAUUACCACACGUUUGACGGCCUAGAAUAUGACUAUGUUAGUGAUUGCCAAGUUUACCUUAUAAAGAGUGUAGGUGAUACAGAGAUUUCUAUUACGGCUCAGAAUAAAGACUGCUACGAGAGCGGAAUAGUCUGCAUGAAGAACCUGCUCGUCUAUGUCGGCCUCACUAAAAUCUAUUUCAACGAUAACUCAGGCAGACCCAGCCCCUCUACUGUGAUUGGAAAAGGAUACGAAUUUGAGCUGUGGACUGCAGGCUACUACACCGUGGUCCAUUUCCCUAACCACGACUUGACCGUGCUGUGGGAUCGAAAAACAACCAUCCACAUUCGUGCCGGGCCACGAUGGAAGGUUAAAUUUAGUGGCAUGUGUGGGAACUUUGACAUGGUGACAGUGAAUGACAUGACCACAGCGGGGCACAUGGAGGUCAGCAAUGCUCAGGCUUUUGGUAAUAGCUGGGCUCUUGGCCAGUGUGAGAGUGAUUUUAUAGUGCGCAGACCAUGUGAAGGGGACCUGAGCAGACAACCAUACGCUAAGCGAGAGUGCGGCCUUCUCUACAGUGAUGUUUUUGCUUCAUGCCACAAUGUGGUGGAUGUGACCUGGUUUUAUAAAAACUGCCUGACAGACACCUGUAACUGCAAUCGAGGGGGUGACUGCGAGUGUUUGUGCACCAGUAUUGCGGCAUACGCACAUAAGUGCUGCCAACACGGCGUCACGGUACACUGGAGAUCUCCCACCGUCUGCCCAUAUGACUGCGAAUACUACAACCAAGAGUUGGGUGAGGGUCCGUUCACUUUGUCCGCCACUGAGCUGAACGAUUCUGUGUGCAUGAUUGGAGCGAAUGUUAGUAGUGGAGAGGUGUUUCCUGUGCUAAAGAGUAGUGCCCAGACAACUGCCAUCUUUAACCUCAUGAUUACCAGCGGACUUUACAAGGACCGAGCUUCACGACUCCCGACUGUCUCACUGGAGUCUGCUGAGCGCCCAAACUACUUCCUGUGUGUCACACCCAGUCGCGUUGUGCGUCUGGAGCGCUGGAGACCCGACGAGGACUUUCGUCGUCAGGCAACUUUCAUUCAUCACCAGGCAUUGUGGUUACCAGGGCGAACUUCAUUUGAGCUGCACAGCCAGAAGGGGGUCUUCAUUACACUUACGCACACACAUGUACGUGCACAGAGCUAUGACAACUCAAACUCCUUCAAGGCCAGCAGCAGUUUUAAUAUCGAGGAGAGCAGUUUUGUGAUUCCGUAUCGACUGAUGUGUGAGUGGAAAUACCACGCAUGUGCCAGCGGAUGUGUGAAAACAUGCAACGAUCCUGAUGCCACACGCUGCCAGUUCUUGCCUCUUGUCGAAGGCUGUUUCCCCCACUGUCCCAAAACCAUGGUGUUGGAUGAAGUCACGAGGCGGUGUGUGUACCAAGAAGACUGUAUAAUACUUUCGCCAACUCCUACUCCUUACAUGUUUGUGACUCGAUCGAACAGAACCACCACAGCUCCUACCACAAUGGUUCCGACAACCGUGACUACAACCACGAGCACUACGUCCACCACGACUACUCCCACAACAACCACUGCUCCCACCACUGAAGUCACCACUAGCACAACUCAAGCUUUUGUUACAUCCCCCACCACCACCACCACCUUAAUAACAACUCCUGAAAUACUUACAUCCUCUCCACCACUAACAGAAAGCCCUGUAGUUACCUCGACUCUUCCGACCACUAAGCCGACCACGCCUGCUACGACUACCUCAGUUACCACGACACUGCCACCCACCACUACAGAGAUACUAACCACAACAGAGGAAUCAACCACCGUCAUCACUACUACAACUCCUGUCACCACUCAGCCUAUUACAACAACCCCCCUUAUCACCACAGAGACAGCCCCUGUUUCCACAGUAACCGAGGAGGAGUUUAUUUUCACGUCGACAGCAGAAACAACACCAGAGACUACUCCUACUGCCCCCUCCACAGCUCCCACGACACUAAGUGCAACAACCAGCCUUCCUGCAUUCGUGCUCCCUACCGGACCCUGCACGCCUCCGUACUCUGUGAGAGUUGAUGAGUGCAGUGAGUAUAUCUGCUUUAAUGGUCAGCUGAUGCUACACAACUCCUCUCAGCACUGCAGGUUCAACAUCAGCCAACCGCAGUGUAACCUGUUGGGCAUGCCCAUUCAGAUCAACACAGACCCCUGCUGUCCUCUGUGGCGCUGUCCCUGCCGCUGCUCUAUAAUCUCAGACCUUCGUGUGAUCACAUUUGACGGGAACAACGUUGCUCUGUAUGAUAACGGCUCCUAUAUACUGGUCCACCUGCCCCGAGAGAACAUUGUCGGACAUGUGGAGAAAUGCCCCACCAGUGAGAGUGUGAACUACAUUAGACGACCUACUCCUACUGGUGGAACGUCUGGCCUGUGUUUUAAGAAGUUGAACAUAACCACUCAUGCCUACAGGAUCAUGAUCAGUCGCCUUGACCGCAAAGUGUCUGUGAACCAGAUCACAGCUCGGCUGCCGUUCACCAGAUUGAACCUGCACAUUGAUGACACAGGGACCAUGUACAUCAUUCACACACCCAGUGGAAUCAGUAUCCAGUGGUACCACAGCACCGGUAUCAUGGUCCUGCAGUAUGGUGCCCCUGAUAACACCUCCACUAGAGGCCUCUGCGGCUGUUGUGACGGUAACCCAGCAGAUGACUUACGUUUGCCUAACGGGACUGUGAUGCGAAAUGUGGAGGACAUACCUUUGUUUCUUCACAGCUGGAUGGUGGACACAUCCGAAGAGACGGAUUACUUCCGGAGAGUGGGAGACAACUGCACCACAGGAAACUGCACCAAAUGUUUUCAAAUGCUCAACCAGAGCCCCUUCUCCAAGUGCCACCACAAGGUUUCACCGGAGCAGUUCUGUGACAAAAUCUGGGCAGGUGACCUGCACUACAAGGAGCACGAGUGUGACUUUCUUGCUGCUUAUGUGGCCAUCUGUUACACUCACCAGAUAUGCUUCAGCUGGAGGAAAAGUAACUUCUGCCCUCUGAAGUGUCCUCUUGGAAAAGAGUACAAGCCAUGCGUGAACACGUGCAAGACGAUGACGUGUCAGAAUCGGGAUUAUUACGAGGAGAGCAUCUGUACUUCCAUUCGAGAGGAGUGUGUGUGUAAGAGUGGGACCAUCCUGCACCGAGCUGAUUCUGCAUUCUGUGUCACCGAGGAACAGUGUGUGUGUACGGAUAACGAUGGCUCCCCGCGGGCCCCAGGGGAGGUGUGGAAUGGUUCUCUUCGAGGUUGUUGUCUGUUCACUUGCCUGGCAAAUGGCAGUGUUGUCCCGGUAGAGCCGGAGUGUCCUCCUGAGCCGGUUCCUCUGUGUGACCGUAAGGGAGAAUACUAUAUCGAUGUGCUGGAGGAGGGCGCUUGCUGUCCAAAAAAGAUUUGUGAGUGUAACCUAACCAUGUGCCAAAAUGACAUUUCUUCCUGUGAGAUGGGAAACAAGCUGGUGAUUGGCUACAGCACUGUUUCCUGCUGUCCUGAAUAUCGAUGUGAAUGUGACCCCUUGUCCUGUCCCAGUGUCCCAAUGCCAGAAUGCAAAGAAGACCAGUUCUUGGUAGAGGUCAGAGGACAGCAUGCCUGUUGCUAUAACUAUCUUUGUGUGUGUGAGUCCUGUAUGGAACCCAUCCCAAUAUGUCUGCCUGGAGAGAUUGUGGUUGUAGAUAUGAACACUACUCAUCUUUGCUGCCCACAUUAUCACUGCGUGUGUGAUAUGACCCAGUGUCCUGAGCCCAGCACAAGCUGUGCCACCGGUACUGCACUUGUUAAGAGGCCUGUACCUGGCAGCUGCUGUCCAGACGUCACCUGUGAGUGUCAGUGUGACAGUAUCACAUGGCCUCAGUGCACUGUGGGAGAAAUUCAAGUGGAGGAGCCAGAUCAUAGCAACGACUGUGGCUGCACUCAGUACUUGUGCAAGAAGGCAGAUGUAUGUUUAUUUCAGGGAGUGACUGUGCUGAGUCCAGGCCAGUCCAUGGUGCAGUAUGUUGAGGGAGAUCUGUGUUACACUGUGCAGUGCCUCACACACAGAGACCCAGACACAGGUUUCUAUGCCAUGGAUGUUGCCACCUCAAACUGCUCUGAGAAGUGUGAACCUCACCAGGUAUACGUCCCGUCCUCCGACCCCCAUGUGUGUUGUGGCUCGUGUAAAAAUGUUUCCUGCUCAUUUACCAGUGAAAACGGAACUACAGAAGUAUUUAUGGCAGGUAGCUCGUGGGUGUCUAACUGCACCCGUUUCGACUGCAUCGAGACGGUAGUCGGAGCGGUGAGUCUUGCCUCCGGAGUCGUUUGCCCUCCUUUCAACGACACAGAGUGUAUUCAGAAUGGAGGUGUGGUGCAGACCUACGUGGAUGGCUGCUGCAAGACAUGUAAAGAGGAUGGUAAAACAUGCAAAAGGGUUGCCAUCAGGACCACUAUAAGGAAAGAUGACUGCAGAAGUAAUGCACCAGUAACAGUAUAUUCCUGUGAUGGGAAAUGUCCUUCUGCCACCAUAUUUAACUUCAACAUAAACAGCCAUGCACGUUUUUGCAAGUGCUGUCGUGAGAAUGGUCUACAGAGCCGCGUCAUCCAGCUCUACUGCACCCGCAACGCUACGUCUGUGGAAUACAACUACCAGGAGCCCAUGGACUGCUCAUGCCAGUGGAACUAAUAACUGAUAAAAGUUUGUAGAUGUGCAGUACCUUGGCAUUUUCAACUCUAUUUACCCUCUCAGUGGACAUGCUCAGUUAAUACCACACAGAUCAAUACAACCCCAAACUACUAACACCGUAUUUAUAUGUAUUUUAAAUUCUGAAUUAACAAUCUGGGAAUAUUACACAAUUUAAUCACAUAGUCAGUAGGCGAAUGUAUGAUUA